CACGCAAAUGUCAGCCGUCUUAUUACGAGGCAGGUGGAGGGUGUAUAAUGUGACCGGUGAUCGUCACGGCGAUAAUCAUAUUGAAAAAAAACAAUCCAAAAUCAUAACACUGCAUUUUUGAGAUACGAAAGCAAGUGAAGCUUGAAAUUGAGUCGAUUGUGCGAUGGAGGGCCAGCAGGUGAGAGCCCUUUACGAAUUUUCUGGCGAACCUGGAACUGCUGAAUUGUCCAUUGUUGCUGGUGAAAUCCUUACGGUCACUAGAGACAAUGUUGGCGAUGGAUGGUGCGAAGGAUAUAAUCAAUCUAACAAGGCUGGAUUAUUUCCAGCAGCUUACGUGCAAAUCGUUGAACCUACUACUCCAGUUCCUGGAGCAGCUGUAAGUUUGACCACAUCCCAGCAAAGUUCUGGAGAUUAUUGGGAUGAUGAUUGGGAUGACGAUUCUGAGGUUGGACAAACACAGGCCUAUGUCCCAAGUAAUCACCACCAACCGCAACAAACUUCACUGCAAUCUAACCAUCCUGGAGCAGAGUACAAUGAUACAAUAUCUGUACAGGGUAUUCACUCGGUCAUACCGGAUAGAAAUAUCCCCAAUGUACCAAAGAAAAACACCAAGUUUUCCACACUGAUUAAAUCGAGCGAGGAUAGUUUUCUGUUGGGUACCAAAGUCAUUCCGGUACCUGAGAAUGAAAAAGUCUUCAUCGAAGAAGAGGAUGGUCGAUGCGCGUGGGUCCCAACGGGGGAAUCUUACAAGUGCAUUAUUACAUCUCCAAAGAAAGAAUCCAAGCUCAAGGGACUCAAAAGUUUUAUCGUUUAUCAACUUACUCCAACGUUCAACAAUAUACAAGUUUCCCGACGAUACAAGCAUUUCGAUUGGUUGCACGAGAGACUGGAGGAAAAGUUUUGUUUUUUGACAAUACCUCCGCUUCCGGACAAGCAGAUAUCGGGAAGAUACGAGGAACAAUUUAUAGAGCAUCGGAGAACUCAGUUGCAGGAAUUUGUUGAUUACGUGUGUCGACAUCCAGUUUUAUCGAGAAGUCGAGUGUGGGAACAUUUCAUAACGUGCACCGAUGAGAAGCGAUGGAAAGCCGGUAAACGUCAAGCCGAGAAGGAUGAAUUGUUAGGUGUUAAUUAUUUCAAUGCGGUGCAGUGCCCCGACGCGCCAUUGGACGGGAUCAAAAUUGAGAUACAAAUUGACGCGUUUGCCCGUUUCAUAACGGGUCUCGAUCCAGUGGUCAAGAAUUUUAUGGCUUUGGCAAUGGAUCAAGGCAAGAAACAUCAAGUACUGUACAAAAGAGAGUUUCAGAAGAUCGGUCAGUCCUUCACGUCGUUGGGAAACGCUCUGGAGGUAGAUGAUGCUGGUCGAGGUAGAUUGACCCAAGCUCUCAAAGUUACUGGAGAGGCUUACAACGAUAUAGGCAAAUUGUAUGAAGAACAGCCCAAAUACGAUUGGGAACCACUUGGGGACAAAUUCCACAUUUAUCGUGGUGUCAUCAGUAGUUUCCCUGACGUCAUCAGUAUACACAAGAGUGCGGUGCAAAAACGAAAAGAUUGCGAACGUCUAGUCAGCGAGCAUAAAAUGGAGCCUCAACAGUUACGAGAAUUAUCACACCGAACAGAUGUAAUAGCGCGCGCUCUUCUUGCUGAGGAGAAUCACUUUCAAAAGGAACGUGAGAUACACAUCAAUCAGGCAAUGAAGAAUCAUCUGACUGAGCAAAUUGCCUUUUAUCAAAAGAUCGUUGCAAGAUUACAGGAAGCGUUGAGCGCCUAUGAGGAUUAGUGAUUCUGUCGCUAAUUUCUUCUUUUCAACAUCAACUAUUUAACCGAUGGUCUCGAAUUCACUACCGCCUUUACGUUUUUCUCGUCAUUGGCACCAUCCUGAUGUUGUUUUUCAUCAUCAGUUUUGUGUGCUGACGAUGACCCGGAUGGAAAGGAUCGAAUGGUUAUUUACUGCCAGGCAGAGAUGGGCAUCUUUCGAUUCGGGUACCAUUCACAUUACAAAGUAUACGUGUAAAUGAAUGAAAAUUUUGAAAAUUUCACAAUAUUCUUGGUGUGGUCGAUAUUCGAAAAAUAGUCUCGUAAAUGUUGUAAUAUAAAGAAAAUAGCUAGAAGAAUUUGAAUAUUCGAAUGAUGUGCAUCUCUGUUGUCAACCGAUUUCGGAGACAAAAUGAUCUUGUUCGAAGAACCGUCUUUGUUUAGUUUUCACACAAUUUUUAUCCUUGAUGCAAUUCUUUUACCAUGCAGCAGGAAAUUUUGUAAACUGUCAAGGGAUUUCGAUGAAACAGUCGAUUGCAAACCAUCAAGCAAAGCUCUAAGCAAAGUAUGAUUUUAUAAAGAAAACUGGAGUCUCUGGACGACUCCACAAAAGACGUCCCGAUAAAUGUUGAAACGAAUGGGGACAUUCGAAUGUUCCUCGCUGAAGUUUACUGAAUAACUAUAUACACAAACAUGUAUAAACAAAAUGGCGCUUCGUCAAACGAUCAUGGUAACUUUGUGCAUUUAUACAUUUUUCAAGGAAAAACAGAUCAUUGAUUUUUUUUUUGUAACUAAGGAAAAAUGAAAGGCUGAUAAUCUCGACGAGUUGAUGAUGAAUUAGAAAUAUCAUGUCAAGGGAAGACAGUGACCAAUCGGCGGAUCCUAUCACAACUUGACUUUUUUACAAGUCAGGAGUAAUUUGUUUUGUAAAUGUUACAAGUGCAAGAUGGUAGUUAUCCUUAAAAAAUCAUGUCAAUUUGAUCAAUUUUCCGUCGUUUUUGUUUCCCCAGUAAAUGGUCUUAAUUACAAUUUUUUAUAAAGCAAGAAUGAACAAACAUGAGCUUAAAAUCCAAUUUUCCAUUGGAUAAAAGAUUAACCAACAUUUAAAAAGUCGUCAGUAACCCCGAGGCCUUGAAUUCUGCUUUGGCUAACAAAAUUAAAAGAUUUUUCGAGCCAAAUUAGGCACAAAGCACCCGGCUCAGAUCCGUUAUAAAACUAUAAAGGAAAGCUUGUUCCAAAUAAAAAAUGAGUAACUGUUUCUUUAAUCUUAAUGUAGCAUAAAAAUCGAACUUACUUUGAAGUUGCACACUAAAGCUUAAGGCGCUAAAAUCAUGAAUUGCAUAUUUUUUCCUCCCCAAAUCCGUGUAUAAACGAUAGAUUUAGUAAUUUGUAUAUAUAUAUAAUGAAAAUAUCGCAGUGUGAAAAUCGAUGUUGGAAAUAGAAAUUCACAGAAAAUCAUGUUCUUCAUGUGUAAAAUGUUCGACAUCCCACUGGGGAGUUGAGUAAUUUUCAAAUCGUUGCGAAAUCAAUGUUCCCUAUUAACGAGUUACUUCUUUAGGGAUGAAUAGUGAUAAUCAAGUGUUAAUUUCGAUCAUUCAACGAUAUUGUAAAGUGGGACAAGUAUUCGAGAUGAGAUUCCACACUGAAUGAGUUCUAUUAUCACAAGUGGCUUAUUUUUUUAGCACAAAUAUGUAUACAAUUUUGUGAAUAAUAAUUUUUAAUGGAAACCAAAAAUAAAAAUCGAUGGAUUUUGUCGUGAAA